UUCUUUCUAUACUUGUAGUAUUUCCAUUGGGGGCGGUGGCGGUAAUUGCAGUGUCGAAACACCUUUGCUAGAAUUUUUUCCAUUUUCGUUUACAACAAAAUUUGUUUGAUAAAUCCCAAAAAUUUCUUUGUUAAAUUGUGCAAAUAAAUAUAAACUUUUCAACAAUUUAACUUAAUAAACAACAAUCUUGAGAUUAAAAAAAAACUUUAAUUAAAAACUAUCCACCCACAUAUAAAAAAGCAAAGUAGAUCAUGUAAAAGAAAAAAGAAAAAAGAAGCAAAGAAAAGAUAGACGACGACUUCUCUCUGCUGUGCUCCAUCGUCAUUGUUCUUCGAUUUCUGUGCCUGUCGUCGUUCAUUCGUUUUUCGUCCCCGUUUUUGUAUUUUUUUUUUUUUUGAUGAGACCCUUGUGUAGAUGUGCGUGCACUUAAAAUGGCUGAGUGUCUGCAACCCAAAAUGUGCACUUCGACAAUAAUUAAAUAGUUGAAAAUACGAAAAAAAUAAAUUUUGUAUUUGUAAAAUAAUAUUUUGUAUGAAUUUUUUUUAACAAAAGAAAAGACUUGAGAAAAUAAAAGAAAAAGAAAAACUAUUUUGUUUAUGUUUUGUAAAGUGAGCUCUGAAAUUCAUUUAUGUAGCUUUUUUUUUUGGAUGAUUCCUUGAUUUUCUUCAUCUUGAAAGAAGAAUAAGUUUUUUUUUUGGUGCAGCCCCAAAACCUAUAAAGAAGAAUCACUGUGAAAAGAAAACGCAUUCGCAUUUCUUUUGUCGACUAGAGGAGCACCUACUAUGGAUUGCAGCUUUACGGACUAUGAUUCGAUUGCUAAUUACCUCAACGAAUCCCAAAACCGUUGGAGGAAAUUUUAUACAAAUCUUGCAAGAGAGUGACAUUUGACCGAAAGACAUUUAACAGAAUACAAAACCACAGAAUCAAUCUACAACACACAUUAAUCGAACAACAAGAACAACCAACAAAUACAUUAAUGCAGUCUUGUAUUGAACGUGGUGUACGAACAUACUACAUCCAAUCGCUGAACAGAAUCAAGUCAAUUCACAAAACUUGGGUACUGUUCUUUGUUGUCCGUGUAGCGUUCUAGACCUACCCGAACCGUUAUCUGUAUUAUCUUCGCUUAAGAACAAAGAGGGUGAAACAAACUUAACAACAUCCACAACAACAUCAACAGCAGCAACAACAUCACCAGCUGGGGUUGUUAAACUAAGACGAAAAGGGGAUAAAAUUGUUGAUCGCAGCAGUGCUUAUAGAUUUUCAAUGGCUAAUCUUGAGGAAUCACACGAAUCGGAAUUGGAUGCCAUCUUGGGAGAAUUGAGUCUCUUGGAACAAGCUGGAAGUAUUUGUGGCAGCAAUGAUAGUCGACUUGGGCGCACCCAUAGUCGAUCAAAUUCGACAAUUUCAGGUGCAACAAAUUCAUCGAUCUCAUAUUCGUCAGAGAGCAACACCAGCUCGGAUGGGAUGAGUGGUCGAGAAACUCGCACCGAAAGUCCAGACAAUGAUUCGGCAUUCAGUGAUACGGUUUCGUUGUUGUCGAGUGAAUCUUCGGCAUCGAGCAAUAUUAGCUCGGCACUCAAUCAUCACAAGCAAAUUCUUUUGGCUGAAAAUGAUCAAGAGGUUCAGUUGCGUGAUAAGAGUAAAGCGGCCAAAAUUCAACUGGCGCUUCAUAAACUAGAACACGCAUCAAUAAGACGGUUGUUUGUGAAAGCCUUCACAGCAGAUGGGGCAUCCAAAUCGUUGUUGGUGGAUGAACGUAUGACAUGUGGUCAUGUUACUCGUCUAUUAGCAGAUAAGAAUCAUGUAAAAAUGCAAACACAUUGGGCUUUGGUUGAGAAUUUAAGUGAUCUUCAAAUGGAGCGUCUAUUCGAAGACCACGAACUAUUAGUUGACAACUUAAUGACUUGGAAUUCAGAUUCAAAGAACAAAGUAAUGUUCCUUCAAAGACCUGACAAAAUUGCCCUAUUCAAUAUGCCAGAGAAGUUUUUACCUGGAACUCAGAUGGCUCCAGGCAGCGAACACGACGAACAAACACGAACUAUGCUUUUAGAAGAAUUUUUCGAAUCAAGUGGCCAGCACAUCCAACUGGAUGGUUUAUUAUACAUGAAAAAUGAUUCCAAAAAAGGAUGGAAACGUUAUCACUUUGUGCUACGCACAUCGGGAAUUUAUUACUUUCCCAAAGAGAAAACUAAAUCACCACGCGAUUUGAUGUGUCUUACACUCCUAACGGGCUACAAUGUUUAUCGAGGUCUCGGUUGGAAAAAGAAAUUCAAAUCACCUACAGAAUAUGCAUUUGGUCUGAAAUCCUCAAUUGACUCAUCACCCGGUAAGACAUGUAGAUCAUUGAAAAUGUUAUGCGCCGAAGAUUCGGAAACAAUGGAAAAAUGGGUAACUGCCAUUCGAAUUGCCAAAUAUGGCAAACAACUAUGGGAGAAUCAUAAAACACUUCUAGACGAAAUUAAUAGAACUGACUUGAAUAAUUUCUCAUCAAGCAAUAGAAGCGAUUCCAUAAUAAGUAUAGCAUCGACAGUUCCUUCGCAGUCGGGUAGCAAUAUCAGUGUUCCUUCUUCAAUCUCUAGUGGACGACUAUCAAGAGCUUCAAGCUCCAGUUCCAGUGGAUGUCUAUCAGACGAUAAUAAUGGUUUUGAUUCCGAAUUCACAACGGGCACCAUCAAGCGAAAGCCUUCGAUGAAGCCAAAUCUCCCCCUAACUACUAUGACUCGUCAACUGAAGGAAGUUGGUGAGAUAACUAUUUGCGAAUCGAUUUGCUCCACAUCACCAGAAAAUAGUGGAACUCUAACGCGUCAUCAUGUACGACGACGCAGUGAGGAAAGCAGUGGCAGUGGUACUCUCAAAAGAAGACAACACAAUUCGAAACGUUGCUCGAUGGAGAGCAUGAACUCUUCGAAUAAUUCCACUCCGACGCCUACACCUAGCGUUCCCAGUACUCCAAUAUCGGUGAACGAUAUGAACUUUGUUCCUAAUAUGAAUACAACUGAUCAGAUGUCAGAUAAAAUUCCAGACUCCACAUUAACACUGCCUCCACCACCACCACUGGAUGCUGUAGACGCUCGAAUGACAUCUUCAACGUUGUCACUCGACUCACUGCCACCACCACCUCCUCCAAACGAACUUAUGACUGAUUUCUAUGGCUCGCAGGUAUCUUUGGUCAACUUACCACCACCACCUCCACCACAGGAACUCAAGCCCGAUUAUAUGUCAAACAAAAAUAAACAACAACAACUCCAGGCAGAAAAUACAUAUUCAAUUUUGAAAGGUAACGAUAUUAACAACAUGUACCAAUCGCCAGUUUCUGUAGGCACCGGAUCGUGUGUGAAAUCGGUAAAGGCGGCUAUUAAAGCGCCUCCUUAUAAAGCGCCGCCAGCUUAUACUGGAGGUCAACCUCCAACAACUAAGCAAAAUACUAACACAAUGCCGAAAACAGUGUCAUUUGCUGAUUCUCCUGUUUUGCUAAGGCGAAAGGUUUGUUUCGUAGAACCGCCACAAGUUGUGCAAUUUCCACCAGUACGGCCUAGCCUAGUUCCACGUGAAGUGGGAGUGCCAUUGCCUCCACCUAGAGCUGAAGCUACACGACUUUCGAUGAAUGCGGCAGUGUCAUCUCCCAAGCGUCUGGUUGAUUCAACUGCAAACCCACCUAGGGACUUCUUAAAAGAUUUGCAACGCGUCAUGCGUAAGAAAUGGCAAGUUGCUCAAAAAUGCAAACUCGAACCUUCGACCACGCCUCACGAGGUCCUUGGUUUUCGAGAUUUCCCCGAAGAAUUUGGUGGUGGCAACUCGCAUUACUAUCGUGAAACUGCAAAUGUAAGCAACUGGGUACAGGAACACUACGGUUCAGGAGCUGACUAUGCGCUCUAUGAGAAUGUCAAUAACGAUAGUCACAAUAUACCCGAACAGUUCCCCAUAUCUUCCCCAUCCAUACUCACUCCCAUCAAGAAACGACCCCCUCCGCCCCCGCCAAAACGUAGUGAAUCAACUCAUUUGACUCAUCGAAUAUAAAAGAUGGGGGGGCACCACUACGGUUUUCUUUUUUAUAUAUCAAAUAUGAACAAAACAACAACUCUGUGGAGCGCACAAAUAAAAUUUGCGACAAACAAUUAUUGAACUAUUACCCCCGCGACAAAGACAAGAUACAAGAACGAACAAACUGGAGCAGCUCUACUCGAUCUUUCCUAUUACAAUCAAUAAAUACAAAUAAUUUAAUCGAUUACUCACGCUCUAUCUGAAGCUCUCAAUAGAUACAUAUACAUUUUUUUUUAAAUAUAUGUAAUUUUCUUUCAAACAUAAUAUUCUAUCCAAGGUACAGCGGGGAAUGUGCAAAUACAAAAUAUUUUAUUUUGUUUUUAUUUUACGUUGUUUAUAUAAUACACUUUAAAACGGAGGUUGGUGGUUACUCUUAUAUUCUUAUCAAAAGAAUACUUUUUUUAGCGUCAAAGAAUAUAAAAUAAUAAUAUUAAUAAAUUUAUUAUCAUUUUUUUUUUUAAACUUAAAAGAAUAUAGUAAUUUUAAUUAAAGUGCCAUAGGCGACUUUUGAUCAAAAAGAAGAAACAAAAAGAAAAAAAAACUUAAUAAAUAGAUUCAUAUUUUUUAUAUUAAUACAAUUCAUAUUGCAUUUGUACUAACAAAGAAAAAAAAAAGUUGGCUUGCUCUAAUAUCAUCCCAAUGCGGUGUAAAAAAUACUGCAUUACAAAAAAAAAGGAAAACAAAAAAAAAAUACAACUUAAUACAUAAUAGAUUUUAUAUUAAAAUACAAACAUAAAUGUGCAUGUCUCGUUUUCAGAAUAGUUUUUUUUUAUAUACAUAAAUAUCAUAUGUGACAAAUUUAAUUUAAGCUUUUUAUACGGAAUUUUUUAUUAUUUUAUUUACGAAAAACAAAUGAAUAAAAAAAAAACACAAUAGGGAAAAUGAAACACAUACUAAAGGAAAAACAAAAAAGAAAA